AACCAUUGAAUUUAUUCCAAUCAGCUGGAGAAGACCCUACUCGGUUCUUUUCAUCUUUAAAUUGCUCGCCACAAUAUAUUUUUUUCCUGCUUGUCUUCUCUGCUUUGGAGCUUGGAAAGAGCAAGCUAAAUCUCUCUGAAAGAUCCAUGGUGGUAAAAAAGACGACCUUUUUUUGACUCAAGCUUGGAUUUUUUGUUGAAAAAAAAGUAGGACUUGGGUUAGUUUUCUGUUGUAUUGGUUGAUUAGGGCAAAACGGUUUUGUAUUCUCUUAGAUCCAAGAGGAGAAGUUGUGGGUUUUGAUUGUUUUCAAUCUACAUAUUGGCGCAUGGCUUGUUCAUUGGAGAGUCAAUUUUGUGUUUCUGGGUUGAAUGAGUCCAUGGUGAAGGCAGGAACCAAAGGGCUUGUUGGGUUUUGUUCCUCUUUUUAUCCAUCAAGGUUUCAAGAAUCAAAAGCAAAAUCUUUCCCUAAACUGGGGACUGAUUUCGGGGGCAAACCCAUUAUUCUAUCAGAUCAAAGGAGUUUUAUAGAUGAAAGUCUCAAGGUCCCAAACAAGUUCUUCAUUCAGGUUCAAGCAUCAAUCUGCACAAGCAGGGCUAUGAAAUGGUGGGAGAAAACCCUUGCCCCCAACAUGGUGGAGAUCCAUUCUGCUCAAGUACUUGUGGAUUCAUUGUUAACUGCUGGUGAUGAAUUGGUUAUAGUUGACUUUUAUUCACCUUCUUGUGGCGGCUGUAAAACUCUACAUCCAAAGCAGAUUUGUCAGCUGGCAGAAUCUCAUCCCAAGGCAAUAUUUCUCAAGGUUAACCAUGAAGAACUCAAAAACAUGUGUGACUGUCUGCACAUCCAUGUCCUGCCAUUUUUUAGGUUCUACAGAGGAGCAGAAGGGCGGUUAUGUAGCUUCAGCUGCACUAAUGGAACAAUCCAUAAAUUCAAAAAUGCACUGGCAAGACAUGGAGCUGACCGAUGUAGCAUUGGCCCUGCAAAGGGUUUAGAUCACUCUGAACAUGCUAGAUUGGCAACACUGGGUGAAUUAUCAAUUAAUUUGCCAUUGCCAUUGCCAUUGCAGACUGUUGAUGAAGAAAGAGUGGAGGAUUUGGUUGUGAAAAACAUAGACUUGCCUGGUCUAUGGAGCAAAACAGCACCCAAUAAGCUGGAGCUUAAACAAGAGAGCUUAGUAGUAUAGGUUUGGUAUAUGCUAAUUAGCAUAUUUAUUGUCUUUUUUUUUUCCUUGAAAUUGUAAAUAGGGUUCUUCCAAAAAGGGGCUUCUAGGUGUUUUAGUGAGUUGAAGCCUGCCAAUUUGUUUAAUUUCUGGAUUGGAGAUUGUAUUGUAGAUUAUUGUUUUAGAACACUUGACUUUGGAGUUGUGUGGUGGAUUGUUUUAGAGUUGAGGCUCAACUGCAUUGUCUGUGUGCCCUGUGUGUCUGGAAUCAAUGUGGUAGUUGAAGCUGACAAGCUUUCAAUGUCAAUCCUCCUGGCUCCUUUUGAAGGUCC